GCACCCAAAAUACAAAAAAAAAAUAAACUUGACAUCUGAAUAACAGUCACACCAUAUAAAAUAGUUCAAUCAAAAGGAAUAGAGUAUACCGAUUGUUAGGAUGUCUUCAAAUGAAAUGAAUGGUACGGUCUUCGCACCCGACAACGAUCUCAGCGAGAAUGCGUACGUAAGCAGCUUUGAACAAUAUGAAGAGCUCUAUCAAAAAUCAAUAGAAAGCCCUCAAACGUUUUGGGGUGAAAUUGCAAAGCAAUUUCAUUGGGAAACCGAAGCCAAUCCAAAGGAUUUUUUUUCGUACAAUUUUGACACUCAAAAAGGUCCAAUCUUUACGAAAUGGAUGACUGGCGCCUCGACCAAUUUGUCAUUCAACCUAUUGGAUCGCAAUGUCAAAAAUGGAUUGGCCGAUCAAGUUGCCUACUAUUGGGAAGGAAAUCAUCCGGAUGAUUAUUCGCGAAUUACAUAUAAAAAAUUAUUGCAAGAAGUGUGCCGCUUUGCCAAUGUCUUGAAGUCUCAUGGAGUGCAAAGAGGUGACACUGUAUCAAUUUACAUGCCAAUGGUUCUUGAAUUGCCGAUUGCAAUGCUUGCGUGUGCCCGUAUCGGUGCGAUACAUUCCAUUGUGUUUGCUGGAUUUUCAUCGGAUUCAUUGGCCGAUCGAAUCGAUGAUUGUAAAGCAAAGGUGCUGAUCACGUGUGACGGUGCCUGGCGUGGUGAAAAACCAUUGGAAAUAAAAGCCAUUUGCGAUGAAGCAAUGGAAAAGGCAGCUAAAUUGGGUCAUCAAGUUUCGAAAUGCAUUGUUGUGGCGCAUUUGAAUCGUGUUACGCCCGGUUGCGUUAAAGCUGCGGAAACAAUAAAAUCAACACCAUGGAAUGAUGAUCGUGAUGUUUGGUGGAAUGAUGAAAUGGAAGAAGCUGAAGCGGCUUGCUAUCCAGAAUGGAUGGCCGCAGAGGAUCCAUUAUUUAUGUUGUACACGAGUGGUUCAACGGGCAAACCAAAAGGUGUUUUGCACACAACAGCUGGUUAUCUAUUGUAUGCAAGCACAACAUUUAAAAAUGUUUUUGACUAUAAACCGGGUGAUAUUUAUUGGUGCACGGCUGACAUUGGCUGGAUUACCGGUCAUACUUAUGUCGUUUAUGGACCACUGGCGAAUGGUGCAUCGUCCGUCAUGUUUGAAGGCACUCCAUUCUUUCCAGAUAACGAUCGGUAUUGGCAAGUCGUUGACAAAUAUAAGGUGAAUCAAUUGUAUACCGCUCCAACGGCCAUUCGGGCUUUAAUGAAGUUCGGCGAUGAACCAGUUUUAAGACAUAAUCUAACAAGUUUACGCAUUUUGGGAAGUGUUGGCGAACCAAUCAAUCCAGAAGCAUGGCUGUGGUACUAUAGAAAAAUUGGAAAAGGAAAAUGCUCUAUUGUUGAUACAUUCUGGCAAACUGAAACUGGCGGCCAUGUCAUUACACCACUGCCGGGUGCAACAAAAAUGAAACCGGGAUCAGCUACGUUCCCAUUUUUCGGUGUGAAACCAUCACUUUUGGAUGAGAAUGGUGUUGAAGUAGUCGGUGAGGGUGAAGGAUAUUUAGUAUUUUCACAACCAUGGCCUGGCAUAAUGCGUACCAUUUAUAACAAUCAUCCACGCUAUGAAGAAACUUAUUUUUCAAAAUUCCCGGGAUAUUAUUGUACUGGAGAUGGAGCCAGACGUGAUGCUGAUGGAUAUCUUUGGAUCACCGGUCGCAUUGAUGACAAACUUAAUGUGUCGGGACAUUUGAUGUCAACGGCAGAAAUUGAAGCUGUUCUAACCGAACAUAAAAAGGUGUCCGAAUCGGCUGUUGUUUCACGCCCGCAUCCAAUCAAAGGCGAAUGUCUUUACUGCUUCAUAACACCAAAUCAAAAUGAGGUGUUUGAUAAAACGUUAGUGAAUGAAUUGAAAAAAUUGGUACGCGAACGUAUUGGUCCAUUUGCGCAACCGGAUGUAAUCCAACAUGCACCCGGCUUACCAAAGACACGUUCGGGAAAAAUAAUGCGUCGUAUUCUACGUAAAAUUGCCAUAAAUGAUCGUAAUGUUGGUGACACAUCAACAUUGGCCGACGAAAGUAUUGUCGAUCAAUUAUUCGCCAAUCGACCCGAAUAAAGUCGCCAACAUCUAUCACACAAAAUAUUUAUACAUAUUAGUUUAGCAAAAAAAAAACCAAAACAAUUGCAAGGAGUAAAGCCACACAAACGUGCAUGCUAAUCAUUACACAUUUCUGGCAAAAAUUGUGUCCAUGAACCAUUCGCAGUGAGUGGUGUAACAGCAGACCAUCCAUAUUUAUAUUAACAGCAGCAAUUAUUCAAGACAAUGAUUUUUUUUUUCGGCAAAUUUUUUAAGUUUUUAUUUGUGUAUUACGUGCAUAAGAAUGAAAUGUUUGAGUUCAUUUUUGUUGUUUUUGUCAUUAAUUUUAUUUGAAGAAGAUAUGCACAAAGUAAUAAAAAAUAUAAUGAUAAAAUUCAGGGUUUCUUAUAACUUCUUCUUGGGAUGUGUAUAGUUUAAUAUUAUCAUUUUUACAUAUGCUCAAAUGGCCAUAUUUUAUGAAAACUUUUUUGAAGAAAAAAAAAAACAUAUGAUCUAAUGGUUAAAAUAAAACUAUUUAUUUUUAUUGUUUUUAAUUUCACUGUAUUAUAUGUUUAUUUGCUUUUUUUGUACACUGUUCAAGUCGAUGACACAGACAACACAGAGGAAAAAAUCGUUUAAAAAUGGAUGCUUCAUUUUAAAAUUGUGUUAAUGUAACGUUAAGAGAAAUUUAAACAAAUAACGGAUUCCAAUAUUGAAAAUAAAGUAAAAGAAAAUGAAUUGAUUCAGUUUUUUCAAAGCUCGAAAGCCAAAAAUAAAUUUUAACAUUUAUGGAGACAUACGCUCGAGCUAUGAUAUAAUAUUUGCAACAAGCUAUAUUUCACAAUAUACGAGGUAUAUUCUAGGAAUGGCUAUGCAUUCGAGCAAGCAAGUGCAUGCAAUAUUAAAAGCUCGUUCAAAAAAGGAGUGCAUUUUGAAAACAAGCGACUUUCAAACUGAAAAGUGAAAUCAGCCCUUCAUUAUUUUGCUAUUGUACUUAUGAUAUACAAUGGCCGUUCGAAUUUUGAACGCAUUUCUGUUCGUGAGCUCAAAAAAGAACUUAUGUUUUUUGGCACAUUUUACGGUAGCCUGAAAGUGAUAAAAGCUUUGGGGCAUGACUAUAUUAAUUUUUUUAAUAAUUUAUGUUUAUUCAUAUUUUUGCCACUUCGGUGCAAUUUAUACUGCACAAUCAACGGUCCAUAAGUCUAUUUAAAAAAAAAAAACAUAGGUUUCUUUCGAUCUCAUCAAAAGAUCUUACUCUUUCUAUAAUCGAAUAAGUUUUUGUUUCGCUUGUUUUCUCAAAAGAUUCCUGCAAUAUCUAAAGAAAAUAAAACAUAAAUGCUAAAAAUAUAUGCGUGUCAAUGGUCCAUUUAUAAAAUUUAAAAUUCAGACUAUAAGCCCGAUAGUAAAAAGACAUUUUAUGAAUUCUAGUUUUAUGUAAUAGAGGCUUUUAUGAGGAGAAAUUUUAACUUCCCAAAAAAAGAGCAAGACAAAAAAGAAUUAUGCAACAAAGAAUAUUAAAAAAAAAUCGGUGCAUAAAAUAUUCGAUCAAUUUAUUAAAUUUUGAUUCGAAAACCAUCACAAACAUACAUAUCAUUCCGCCUUGGAAAAAAAAACUUAAUAAAAUGAAUGAGAGCGAAGAUGGAUGGAUAAAUGAAUGCAGUAUAUUGAAUUUAACUUAUUUAAACUGAAAACAUAUCAUUGUCAGUGCUAACUAAUUCCAUGUUAAAUUUAUGAACGUGAAAAUGUUAUCGAAGAUUCAAAGUUGAUAUUUGAUUGUAUAUUCUAAUGAUAAUGAAAAAAAAAACAUAUACAUACAUAUUGAUGUGUCAUUGCAAAUAAAUCGAUAAGAGCCGAUUUUUUUUUUGUCGUUGAAACAAAGAAUGAAAUUAUUGACUGUUAUGCUUAUUAUUGUUCCGUAAAUGUAUCACGACCAUAUAAUAUACACAAAUUAGAGCUCACCGCAGAUGAAAAUGAAAAUAUACACCCAUACCUAUAUUCACAACAAGAUCAUAAUGUUCAAACGUUGUUGUCAUCUAUUAAAUAUUAUGAAGUGAUUAAAUUUUAAAAUGAAUAUACAUAUUUGAGCAAAAGAUAUUAAUGACUAAUGUGUACAAAGAAAUUGACAAUGUCAUGCAAAUAAAAUGCUCGAAUUGGUUAA